GUACUAGUUGCAUGCGAAAACUUGCAAGCAAAAUGUAUGACAGCUUGGGAACAUUGCCUCACUAGCUACGGCAACGUUAGCUAUAGACAGCUAGACCCGAACUGGAUUUGUUUGACAACUUUGAUAAUAGCUAACGUUACCUUUAAGCCCUUUUUAAAGUAGCUGACUUAAAAACUGAAUUAGCUAAUUAACGUAACCUUGAAUAGCGUUGGUUAUAAAACUAACGUUAGCUAGCCAGAUUGCGUUUGCAUUGUGCUAGCAGCUAACAUUAGCAGACAGCAACUUGAACCUUCAGCGUUGUUGCAUAAUGUUAGCUACAGAAUGUGUAAUCUUAAAUGACAUAUGUUACGCUUUUUUUCGUUUCUUCUUUGUAUUGAAGUAGUCUUGAAUAACUGUUCUCAAACCUCACCUCGGGGACCACCAGACAAGUCACAAUUAUAUUGUAGCCCCGAAGUAACGUUAGCACACGUGAUUCCCUUAAGUUAAUUAAGGUUAUGAUUAAUUGGCAAUUUGAAUCAGGUGUGCUAGCACUGGAAAUUCACGAGCAGCGGUUUGAGAACCACUGCUGCAGUGAAGAAAUGUUCAGGAGUCCACAGAUGCUGGCCUUGACAUGCCCUGUCAGGACCCACAGACCCCUGCAGCUGUCUGGCAGAAACCCCAACGUUCCUGCCCUACCUGAGCACGCCUGUCAGAGGUGGCCUGGACCCAAAACAGGGAGAAGUCUCUGUCAGGGGGAUGGAGGGGAGGAGGAAGUAUCCCUCUCUUCAGCCAUUUCUUCACAACUUGUUAGCAGAGGCACCUCCUGUUGUGGGAGUUGUCUCCUAAAUGCUGCACCUCAACACCCCUUACAAAAAGCCACCCCUCCCAACCGUCCUCAAUUGUCUCAUGACUCUAGCUUUGUUUCUUUGAACCGUACACCACGACUGCCGGUGCUUGUAGCAUGUGACCCUUGGAAAACCACUUUAUUGGAACAUUUGGGCAAUUCUAAAGUCUCUGAAUGUUUUAGUGACCUCAAGUGCCUUCUACAAAGGAGGCAAACUGACAAUGGUAGCCAAUGUUUAUCUGCUGAGGAGAAGGUGAACGUCACAUUCAGUGUUAAAAGUAAUAGUUACAGUCCUGUUCAAAGUGGCAAGGGCAUUUUUCACAGACUGCUUGCGUCCACACCCAAACUGUGGACUGUGGAUCCCCAGAGAAGCCUUUCACUCCAGAGCCGCGGCCUGCACCAGGCAACUGCCUCCUGCCCAGUGGGUGCUCUGAGGGAGUGCCUUUCAUUGGUGAACGAGGCGCGUUGCCGUCAGAGCCUGGGGCCUAACGUGGCUCUUUAUGAGAAGGACAUCUGGGGGAAGAGGGGUUCCAGUGAGGCCCAGGGGAAGUGGGCAUCUGUGCUGGUCUCUCUUUGCUCCGUGGAGGGAGAGCCCGCCUUCCUCUUCACCCUCAGAUCCACAGCACUGAAGGGCAGACACAAGGGUGAUGUCAGUUUUGCAGGGGGCAAGCGUGACCCCUCGGACAAGGACGUUGUGGACACCGCCCUGCGAGAAGCUGGUGAGGAACUGGGCGUCACUGUGGCAACAAACCAAGUUUGGGGCGUGCUGAAACCACUCAGGGAUAUGUCUGGAAUGAUGAUAGCCCCUGUACUGGCCAACCUCGGGCCCCUGGAGGCGCUGUCGUUCAAGCCAAAUCCUGCCGAGGUAGAAGAGAUCUUCACCCUGUCGGUCUCCCACGUAUGCAGCCCACAGAAUCGGGGAUACACCAACUUCCGUACCGGUGAGCGAUAUGGAUACACCUUGCCUGUGAUCCGCAACGGGAAGCACCGCGUGUGGGGACUCACUGCCGUGGCCCUCGAACACACGCUCAAACUCAUCAUGCCACCAUGACAACCAAUCAUGCCAGCCAUCAAUACUGUUUUUUUUUUUUGUAAAGUAUUUGUGAUUAUAGAAUAAUUGAUUAUUUGUUUCAUAUGUGAAAUCAAUCAUUGGGGGUUAUAGAUCAAUUGAUGACUUCUUAUAGUCAAUGUAUCCCUUAUAACCAACGGUACAUGUCAGAAGUGAUAUAUUGAAUAUAUGAGAUAUCAGGUAAGGUGAUGUAAGGAACAAUCACCUUCCAUGUCAAAGCCACUGGAUUGUAAUAUCACUGUAUUUUAUAAUACUGACAUAAUAACCUGCAGUACUCCCUAGAAAGGUCAAAUCAUGACAGUUCAGUCAUUCAUUAACCUUUAUGAAAGCAACUCACAAUGUUUCGGGUGUGUCAGAAAAUGUUUUCUUAUCCUUUUUUUAAAUGUUAUUUCCAUAGGCUUCUGGACAAGAUCAAUCAUUAUUUUAUGACAUGCAGACAUAAAUAAAUAUAUUGCAACAAAUGUGCAUUUGAUGUACAACA